UUCAUUUUCGUAUCCCAAACAAACCGCAAAGCAUAAAGGACAUACUCGUAACUCUACUAUAAAAAAUUUAUAAAAAGAGAAAAAAAAAUUCUCCACCGCCAUGGAUUUGCAGCAACGAACAACGGCUUCUCCUCUGUCGCCGCCGCCGCCGGCGCGACAAAGCCACGAUUCCACCUCCAUUCUCUUCACCUUCCUCUCGUUCUUCGCCAUUGUCGCUCUGGUUUUGCUUCCUUCAGCGUCACCAUCCUUCCAAAAUAGCUUAUCCAUUCUGCACCAAGUCCCUGAAGGCCAUGUGGGGGUAUAUUGGAGAGGAGGUGCCCUUCUGAAAACAAUUACAGAGCCAGGCUUCCAUCUAAAGAUGCCUUUUAUAACUCAGUAUGAACCUGUUCAAGUUACACUUCAAACAGAUAUGGUGAUAGAUAUACCCUGUGGUACUAAAGGUGGUGUUAUGAUCAGUUUUGGGAAGAUUGAGGUUGUGAAUCAACUCCAUAAGGAAUUUGUCUUUGAGACAUUGCUCAACUAUGGUGUACAUUAUGAUAAGACAUGGAUAUAUGACAAGAUUCAUCAUGAGAUUAAUCAGUUCUGCAGUUCUCAUUCUCUGCAACAAGUCUAUAUUGAUGUCUUUGAUCAGAUUGAUGAAAAGAUGAAAGAUGCUCUUCAAGUUGACUGCACUCGCUAUGCUCCAGGAAUUGAGAUCUUAAGUGUCCGUGUCACAAAGCCAACUAUUCCAGAAAGCAUAAGAUGCAAUUUCGAACAAAUGGAAGAGGAGCGUACUAAGGUCUUAAUAGCUAUUGAGAAACAGAAAGUAUCCGAGAAGGAGGCAGAGACUAUGAAGAAGAUGGCCAUUAGUGAGGCCGAGAAGAAUGCCAAUGUUAGCAAGAUCCUUAUGGAGCAAAAAUUAUUGGAAAAGGAUAGUGCUAGACGACAAGAAGAAAUAGAGAAUGCAAUGUACCUGGCACGUGAAAAGAGCCUGGCAGAUGCAGACUUCUACCGUGUAAUAAAGGAAGCUGAAGCAAACAGGUUGAAGCUCACCCCUGAAUUUCUUCAGCUUAAAUUUAUUCAGGCCAUUGCUAAUAAUACGAAGAUUUUCUUUGGAGAUAAGGUUCCUAAUAUGAUUUUGGAUCAGAGGCUGCUUGGGAACUUACUUCAUGAUGUUUCUAGAGGGAGAACUACAACGGCCAAAGCAGAUAUCUGAAUUAUUCUUAGAUGUCAGAGGUCUGAGCUCAGAUGACUCAAAAUGCAUUACCAAUAUUUUGGAGGAGUUAUAUCUUCGUAGUUAUCUUUACACAAUGAGAAUGAAACAAGUUUACAAAUUUCCUUGUGUGGGGAGCAUGUAGAUAAUAGGUGGUCCCUUUUGAUGUAGUGGAAACUGGAACACUCAUUACACAAUCAGAGAUCAACUGUUACAUCUAGGCAUAAAGGACGCAACAUAUCAGCUUCUUGUUAAGUCGUUACAUUUUCCUCUUAUACGUAUUAUAUUUGUAAUGGAUUUAGAUAAAACGCUAUGCGUUGAAAAAUUAUUUACCUUCAGAUCAAAAUUACGACUUUACAAAGAAACUGGGAUUGCUUU